AUAUUAUUGAAUCCAAUAAAUACAAACAAAAAGUAUUUGGUCUGUAUUUCUUUAGUUUAUUUAGUAAACCAAUUACUAAGUAUUUUUUAAAAAAUCCUGACAUUUCUUUUACAAAACUGCUUACUGAAUACCCAUUAAAUGAUCAGACAUUUUAUGUGAUAUUAGAAGUUCUUAAAACAUUGAAUAAUAAAAAUAAAGAUGGCCAAGGAAAGUUACUAAUUGAAAAAAUCAUGAAUAGUGAAAAAUUCUGGGAUCAGUUUAAAAAUAUAUUUUCUUGGAAUGAAAUAUUUGAAUUUGUAGAAUUAUCAUCAAACUUAACUGAUACAUUUAGAAAUGAAAGCAUGACAUUUUUCCAGGAAUGGAUUUGUGAUAAUUUGACUAAUAACAAUUUGAAUAUUUAUCAUAAAUCCCGACUUCUUGGAUUAUUACCAAAAUUAGUUUCAAGUCAAAAAUAUAAAGAGCCCCUUGAUUAUACUGUUAGAAAAUGUCUAAUUGAUUUCAGAGAUAAACAUUUUUCUGAAACCUCGUCAAAAUUAAAACCACAUAGUAUAGAUCUUACUAAUCUUGUAACUACUUUUCAAAAAAUCAUAACUGCUAUGGAGUUAAGUUCUUCAUAUUUAUUAUUUGAAAUGAUAGUUGAAUGGUGUAUUAAAGAUCCCAACCAUGUAAUUAUUGAACGAGUAGAAAAUUGUUUGAAUUAUUUUUUUAAAAGACUAUCUGAUGAAACUCAACUUCUAUGUUGUAAUUUUGUUUAUGAAAAGUUUCGAAAUGAAUUUAUAUCUGAAAGUAGAAGAGAGAUGAUUGCUAAUAUUUUCUUAAUCCCCAUAAUGUCUUUUUGUAGAAAAAAUGUAAUUACAAAAGUCUAUACUGAUAUAAUUGAUUUUAUUUUGAAGACAGUAAAUGAAAAUCUUUUGGCAAAUGACAGUGGAAAAGCACGACAUUUAUUAAUAUCAAAAAUAGUUUGUUUUAAGCUUAUAGAAGAGAUAUUCAAGUUCUUUACCAACAUAGAACUUAAUGAUGGUUGUACUAUACCAUACACAUAUAAUGGAAGCCAAUCCAAAAAUUUAAUAACUCAGUUUAGAACUGCUGCUGUGAAAGUUCGUUUUAGUAAUGUUGAUUACACAAAAGGAUCUAAUGAAAUAAAACAUUUGUUUAGACGGUUACAUUGUUAUUCAUAUAAUGCACUAAUCACUAUUAUUAGCAAUACCGAAGAUGAUUUGAACAAAUACACAAUAUUUUUGUUUAAUGAACGUCCACCAAAACAAUUUAUUUGGAGAAAUUUAGUAGAUUGUACUAUGCGUUAUGAAUUUCCUAUAGAUUUUGAAAUGAUACCAGAACGGAAAAAAAAACUAGUUAACAUUAGAACAAAAUCCAAUCAGAAUAUACCUGAAGUAUAUAUUGAUUUGAAUAGUCAUUUAAAAAAUACACUUGUGGAAGAUUUAGGAAGCUAUGAUUAUAAUAAUUCUUAUUUAAGAUCAAACUUCAUUGAAGAUUGUUCAUCGUCGAAUACUCAAUCCCUUUAUAAAAUGUUGAGUGUUGAACUGGAAAUGGACAAUUUCAAUAAUCAUGAAUGUAUGGCACAUUUGUGUGCCGUUAUAAAAUACUUAACUUCAGAAAACAUGAUUGACAGUGCAAUGAAACCUAAUAUGGAAAUGCCAGAUUGGAUGAAUAAUUUAAAAUUAGUAUUCUGUGAUAAAUCAAUAGACACAAUUAAUUCAAAAAUAUUGCUUAUAAAAUUGAUAGUCAACUGUGAAACUAAUUUCGAACCAUAUGCAAAACACUGGCUCGGUCCUUUAAUGCAAUUUGUAUUAGAUAAACAUCUUGGGAAUAAUUUAAAUUAUUUUAUAACUGAUGUGGUAUCAACGCUUGUUUCAUGGCAUAAUAUUGCAGUUCCGUCCACAGAAUAUGAGAAACUCCUUGCUAAAAAGUUAUUAAGUUUUCUUUUGUCAGUUUCCCAAAGUGAAAUAAAAAAUGUAUUUAAGCACAACAUGGAAUUCAUCAAAUUUAUUGUUGAAAAUUGGAAAUAUUCACUAGAAAUGGAUUAUGAUGAACUUUUAUCUUUAUUAAAACCAAAUCCAAUAAAUAACAAAUCAUUAGAAUGUGGUUUGCAUUUAAUUGGAAUCUUAUCUGCAAAUGGUAUUAUACCAUUCAAUGAAUCAAAUAAAAAAUGUUUUCUGAAUUUGCUUACGGGAAGCUUAAACCAUAACAACCAAAUUAUUUAUUUACUUAGUUCGGAGAUAUUUGGGAUGCUAUUGAAAAUCUGUUAUGAAAAUUCAAUAAAUGAAAUGGAACUGUUGCAAUGUCUGUCUUCGGUUUUAAUAUUUUCUGAAAACAUGGAUACAACAAAACUUUUAAGUUGUCUGUAUUACAUUCAUAAGCAUUACUCAAAGAUUAUAGACAAUUAUCUGGAUGAUUUAUUUCAUAUUUUUGAGAAACUACAAGGUAUUCAUCGAACUCAAUGUUUAGAAAUGAUUCUGAAUAGAUUGGCCUUAAUUAAUAAUCCAUAUGAAAAAAUAGCAGAAAUAAAUGGAUUUUUCAACAUGCUAAAAGACAAUGGAACUGAUGAUCAACUAAUAUGUUUAAACAUUACUUUACAACUUAUACCAAUUAUUCAUGCUGAAAAUGUCAUGAUAUUAAUAAAAAUAAUUGCUGAAAUUUCACAACAAUAUAAUAAUAAUCACAGAAAGUUGGUUUAUGAUAUUAUGUUUAMCACUUAUGAAAUUUACUUAGGAAAUAAUGCUGAUAUUUCAAAACAAAUUACAGAAGAAUGUAAAAAGGUUUUAUUAAAUGGUCUAAUGGACAAUGAUGAUGAACUUAGACAAAACGUAUUUAGAUUUUGGGCAGAUGAUAAAAGAUUACCACUGAAAUGUGUUGAUCGUUUACUAAUUCUUUUGGAUCAACUCUAUUCACCAGACAUUGAAUCACAUUUUUUAGGAAACUUUGUUAGCAUACUUCUAGAAUCAUGUUGCACGUCUUCAGAUUACGAUCAAAAAAUAUUUCAAUAUCCUCUGCAUGCUUGUGAAUUUGAAGAUUACAAUUUAACAGCAUCAUGGCGUGCAAAACAUAUGUCUACAUUUCCGAAAUAUGCUGACACCAUAGUUGGCCAACUUAAUCGUUCAAAUACACUUGAGCAUUGCGAAUCUAAUAUUAUACAAAAAUUCCAAUUAAAAAAUACAAUGACUUUACAGUUUCAACCCACUUUUGUUCAAACUCAAAUAACUGAUAAUAUUUCAUCUUUAAAGUAUUAUUCUCAAAUGUCAUUGAAUGAAAUAAACAUAUCUACUUUGGAUGUAAAUCAGCAAAACUGGAAUCAUAAUUCGGGUAAUGUACUAAAUUCCAAAUCAGAUUUUAUACAGAAAAAAAAAAUACGAAUAUUACGUGAUAAAUCAGUAUUAAGUAAACAUUUUGCAAUGAAAAAUGUACAAAUAAAUGUUAAGCGUGAAAUAUUUAAGAAAGAAAGAGCACAGAAACGUGAAUCAUCUGUUCAUAUGUAUAGAAAAUAUAGGAUUGGGGAUUUUCCUGAUAUUGAAAUUACAAAUGCAUCUGUAAUUAAGCCAUUGAUUGAAUUAUCCAAAAGGGAUAAUAAUAUAGCAAGAAUAAUUUCAUCAUCAAUCAUGUGCGGAUUGAAAAAUAAUUUAAAAAUGAAUCAGCAAUAUUUUGAAAGUUUGAAUAAAUCUUUAACUACUAUGAUAAACCACAGUCAUUGUAAUCCUAGUCUUGUGGGCUUUAUCUUGGAUACAGCAUACUGUUAUCCUACCCAAAUUAAUUUAGAUCCAAAUGCUGUAACUGAAGUUGCAACAUCAUGUGGUUUAAUGUCAUUGGGAGCAUUAGUUGUAGAAACAUCAAUAAAUUACUUACAGUCAAAACAAGUAGAUCAACACAUUGAAAAAAAAUCUAAAAUUACAUACAAAUGCCUUGACAAUGAUUGGAAAAAAUUAGCCGAGAUAUACAAAAAUAUGGGUGAAUUAGAUGUUGUCGAAGGUAUAUUUCAAGAAAAAAUUAAUAAUUUAUCAUGUGAUUCAUUAAAAGAAGCAUUAAAAGCUGAACAAUCUCAUGAUUGGCGAAUUGCUCAAAUAAAGUUUAAAUCAGUAUUAGAAUGUGAUGAUGAAAAUCUAAUUUUAGAAAGUGAUAAAGAUUUUUUGUUUGAAGAAUAUUAUAAAUGCUCAGAGAAUUUAUCUGAUUGGAAAGAAAUCAACAAAAUGUUAAAAUCUCAAACUGGAGAAAAUUAUGAGAAAAUUUGGGACAAUAAUUGGUAUAAAUACCAUCUUUUACAUAGAAUUUUACAUUCAGAAUUAAAUGAAAUACUUGACAUAUCUGAUGGUAAAUUUAUAGAGACAUUUAGCAAUUGGUUAAAUGAUAGAAAUAAAGAAGAAUAUAUAUUGACACGUGUACCAGCUCAAGCUUGUAUGAUAUUUUUAUGUUGUGAUGAUUUGAACAAAGCACAGCUAUGGUGUAAGCUUGGAAUGCGCAAUUUUCUUAAAGAAUGGGAGAACAUAUCACCUCAAUAUUAUAAACUACGGGUUGAUAAAUUAUUAAAUUUACAAACACUCUCAGAAAUCUAUUAUUUCACAAAAUUAUCUUCGAUUCAAUCUGAUGACAAUACCAAGAUCAUUAAAAGACAAAUUCAAACAUGGCAAUCACAACUACCUACAGAUUCUGACUCAUUACUAUUAUGGGAUACCAAAAUGAUUAACAGAUCAAUUUUCUUAAAUAAGAUUAAGACAGAUAUAGAAGAAUUACCAUCCGAAGAAAAAUGUUGUUUCAAACAAAUUUUAAACAAUUAUGAAGUGGAAUCAAUGUUAGCUUUAAUUGAAAGCGCUAUUAAUCAAAAUAAUUUUUAUGUUGCUAAAAAAUAUAUUAAUGAAUUUAGACUCGAAAAUACUGAAAAUUGGACAUCUGAUUUUAUAUUAUGCCGUAGUAAAAUAUUAGCUAUGUCUAGUUGUUAUACAAUUGAUAAAGAAAAAAAACUUCAAUAUUAUUUAAAAUAUCUUGUAUUUCAUAAGCCUUAA